CUUUGUCCGAAGCAGCUAUGGGUGGUCACACAGAAAUUGUUAAGAUACUUCUGGAUAAGGGAGCCGACGUAGAUAAGUCAAAUGCUUUGUCCGGAGCAGCUACGGGUGGUCACACAGAAAUUGUUAAGAUACUUCUGGAUAAGGGAGCCGACGUAGAUAAGUCGGAUGCUUUGUCCGAAGCAGCUAUGGGUGGUCACACAGAAAUUGUUAGGAUGCUCCUGGAUAAGGGAGCCGACGUAAAUAAGUCGGAUGCUUUGUCCGAAGCAGCUACGGGUGGUCACACAGAAAUUGUUAGGAUGCUCCUGGAUAAGGGAGCCGACGUAAAUAAGUCAGAUGCUUUGUCCGAAGCAGCUAUGGGUGGUCACACAGAAAUUGUUAGGAUGCUCCUGGAUAAGGGAGCCGACGUAAAUAAGUCGGAUGCUUUGUCCGAAGCAGCUAUGGGUGGUCACACAGAAAUUGUUAGGAUGCUCCUGGAUAAGGGAGCCGACGUAAAUAAGUCAGAUGCUUUGUCCGGUGCAGCUAUGGGUGGUCACACAGAAAUUGUUAAGAUACUUCUGGAUAAGGGAGCCGACGUAGAUAAGUCAGAUGCUUUGUCCGAAGCAGCUAUGGGUGGUCACACAGAAAUUGUUAAGAUACUUCUGGAUAAGGGAGCCGACGUAGAUAAGUCGGAUGCUUUGUCCGAAGCAGCUAUGGGUGGUCACACAGAAAUUGUUAAGAUACUCCUGGAUAAGGGAGCCGACGUAAAUAAGGUUGGUUAACUUAACAUUUUAAUGGAAGCUGUAUGGUGAUGUUCUAUUGUAAUAUCGCUUGAAAAGUCACAACUCGAUGCAUUAAUAAUUUUGUUGUCUUAUCGGUUUUUACUGCGGCAGAGUCAGUUAAAACAAAAAUUGAACAAAAACGUUUUCAUUAAGGAUCAUGAUUCUUUCUACCUAACAAGAUUAUCAUUAGAAACAGGCCUAAUCAGGCAAACGGAGGGACAUGUCUUGUGCCAACUUUGUAUAACAAUAACUUGUUCACAAUCUGUCAUUAGAUCUCAAUAGAUAGAAACUCGUCAUGUGUUUUUCAAAUCAGUAUGCAUGUACUUAUAUGUUUCGUUGUCUGGCAAAUAAAUAAUGUUUUUCAAUGUUGCGUUGGAGCUAGCUCAACACCCCUUGUGUUCGAUCCUUAUCUUUCACCAGUAAGCGCUUAUUAUUUCAUCUGAUUACGAUAACUUGACAUUGUAUAUUGUCCAUUUUCUCUUGAAGAGCAAUCAUAUUGGCAGAGACCUACAGUUUAAUGUCUCUUCAUAUGGGAUUGAAUAUCGUUAUCCAAUAAGAAAGCUAUGUCUUCAACUUUCAAAUAGAGACCAGGGCCUGUAUUCAUGAAACUGUACUCAUGCUCAAGAUUUUGUGCUCAAAAUAAAGUUUUGUACUCACGGAUUUUGUUCUCAUGCUCAAGUCGUAUUCAUGAAAAAAUCUGUGCUCAAGAUUUGAGCACGUUCUCAAGAUAUCUUGAGUAUGGUAUUGCCCGUGCUCAGCAUACUUUUCCUCACCAUGGCGGCAGGACGUUUUGUAAAUAGAGAAGUGAGAGAAGUGGUUAUAUCAAGGCCAAGGCUUAUAAUGGAUCGCCAAAACCCCUAGAGUUCCUUUCAGAUGAAGAAGUGUUCCGGCGUUUUCGAUUUCGGCCCGACACCAUCGUAUAUAUCGUUGGUCUGGUGGCGGAUCCCAUUACCCAUAGAACGCUCAGAAGC